CUGCUCCACCCACAUGGCAAAGGCCAACAUCCUCAUCAUCCCAAUAGCAAACCGGGACCUCCAAGUGGGUUCGGUGAUGCUAUCAAUGCCUUCAAAACUUACGGUGAUGCUAUUGGUCCCAACGCACUCGGUAUCCAGGAGCCAGUCUCCUUCAUAGACUUUCUUGAAGAGAACCCCAAAGUGAAGUACAAAAGCGGUGGCCAAAACCCGCAGGCAGGGGCUCCCAGACAGUCCAUAAGGGGUGAGAUUCCAGACAACAAGGGCAACACCGUCACUGACGCUGGGGCCCAGGCCUCCACCAACAUCCUCUUCACGCUGCCUCUGGACAAAGCCAACGCCCGAGCUGAGGGAAGCCCUAGCCGUGAGGAUGCUCAGCGUUCCAUCCAGCGCAGUUCUACCCACACGACCACCCUCAGCACGGAGUGCAGCAACUAUCAGGUGCAUGAGCUACAGCGCAGCACAGCAGAGGAGUCAGUGUCAGAAAAUGCGCCGAGCUGGACUGUCCUCGCGCAGGGUCGCCACACCACAGGCUACAGGGAAAACCAAUCUCGAGACCUGGAUUACGAUGGGUUUUCUGACCGAAACGAUCGCGGUGGGUUCAGUAUUAAUAACCUGGUGUAA